AUGCCCAAAAUCAGGAGCUACACGCCAGCAUGGCUCACGGCGCCUGCUCCGGGGCACACCCUGUUUGUCGAGACUGAGCGCGCUUCAAGGUCUUCGACCUACUCCCCGUAUGGCGCGGCCAAGGCUGCCGAGCCCGGCCCCAAGAGAACAAUCGCUAGGCGCGGUACGGAAGUCUUCAUCGCCAACGGUCGUGAGAUCAAAUGGGGAGAUCUGGUCCAUCUGAAGGAGACCUACGAGCCGAAAUCUGGCAGAACGAGCGCCGGCAUCCGGAUCAAGCGAGAAGACUCGGACUCCUUCCCCCCUGAGGAUGCCAACGGAGAUUCGCGGUUUGCUCAAGGCUUUAGGAGUAUCAAGACGCCCGUCGCCGACGAGAUCAAACAGCUCAUCAUCUCUCCGCACUCGGACCUGCUGGCCGUGGUCACCACGCAUACCGUGCACGUCUGCCUGUUACCCGACCCGUCGCACCUCACCGCUGAAGACACAGGCAUCAUCAAGCCCAAGUAUUUCACUCUUGGUCCAACAACGCAUGUGACGUCGAAAUCGCCAGUUGCGGCCGCUCUCUGGCACCCGCUUGGUGUCAAGGGUUCUGCGCUGGUCACUGUGACACAGGAUGCCGUCGUUCGCAUGUGGGAGAUCUCGCCAACAGAUAGGUGGUCGUUCGACUCUCCAUCACUCGCGAUCGAUUUGAGGAAGCUGGCAGACGGAACGUCUCUCGACCAGGAUUUCAGCGCUUCGACAUCUACUACAAACAAGACCUUCUCGCCUGAUUCCUUCGAUAUGGAGGUGGCGGCAGCAUGCUUCGGAGGCCGCCGUUCAGGAGGCUGGUCCACCAUGACCUUGUGGAUUGCCAUGCGGGGAGGUGACGUCUAUGCGCUCUGUCCUCUCCUUCCUCAGAAGUGGGCACCGCCGCCAAUGCUCAUCGAGUCCUUGUCGGUGUCCAUCGUUGCUAAGGUUGCCGCCCUUGAGGAUGACCCUGAGGUGAGCGCUCAGGCGAAGCUCCUGGCCCAGCAGCAGCUGGAGUGGAUGGCAGAUCUGGACAAUCAGGAGCCUCGAGUGAUGGAGGCGGCUCCCGGUGACCCGGAACUACUUGUCUACACUCGACCCACACACCCGGGUGUUGUGCCCCGGCUUCAGGGCCCGUUCGAUCUAGACCUAGAUCCUGAGACUGGCAGGGAUGAAGAUGAUGAAUUGACAGACAUAUUCGCCAUUGGAGAAAAGCUAGAUGUUGGCGACCUUAUGGAGGGAGAAGACGAAGAUUUGGAGCUCGGAGACAUCGAUCACGAGGGUCUGCCGCUGUCCGUCCUCUGCUUGCUCUCCCCGAGUGGCAGGGUAAGGAUAUGCAUUGAUUUCGAUGGCGUCGAGGCCAAAUGGCUCCCGCCGCGGAACAAGUCGAGGAGUAGUCGGCUCCUAGAGGAGAUCGAUGUUCCUACACUGCUCACCUUCCAGACCCUGGACAUGCUCCGUCCCUCAGAAGAGGAAGACUGCAUCGACAUAUCCUGGCCCGUGUUCACUCCUGACGUCACCUCGCGGUACAGCUUCUACGUUACGCAUCCCUUCGGUAUGACGUAUGUCUCGCUGUCACCUUGGGUGUUCCGCUUAGCUGGUGAGCUAGGCGCUGGGCCGGAGGACGGCCAAGACUUCAGAAUCGGGUUGAUGGUCAAGGGCGAGAACUCUACACGUGAACGGAUCUACACGCACCCCCAACCGGCAACUUUUGCCGCUUGCACCGCUAUCCGGGAUCCCGACCUCGGUUAUUUUAUCCUUUCUGCGACGCCCCAGGGAGCUGUGGCUGUCAAUUUUGAUACUCCCGAGGACGAUUUCGAGGCACCGGUCAUGGCCGUGGCGUCGCCAACCCCGGAGGUGCAAUCAAAAGAACAGCUGGAAGUAUUAUGCGCUCCAAGGCCGCCCUUCCAGCCACCCGAAGAGUUUGACCAGCGAUCGGACUUGCCCAAGCUGUUCGAGAUGAUGAAGACGAGCAAGUACCGAUCGCUGAUGCAGCAGGAGGUGCGACUCUCCGGUGCGACCCUGAACAUGUUUACGAAUGUGCACCACGCUGUGGGAGGCGAGAGUGGCCGCUUGAACAAGGCGGCUGCGCAACUCUUCACUCGCCUCGACAAUCUCCCUGCAGAACUGGCCGAGCAAGUCCGAAAAGCCGAAGGCGUGAAACAGAAGGUAGACGGUAUCACGGGCGUCGAUGCGAAUCCGAAGAGCCCUACGCCCGACAGCGAGCGACUGCUACGUCGCCUUGAGGCUGCCAAGGCUCGCCAGGAGGAGCUGGCACAGCGCAUGGAGAAACUGAAGAGAACCAUCAACCGGGCAACGCCGCGGGAGCUUAGCGACAAGGAGAGGGCGUGGAUGGACGAGGUUGCAUCCGUGCAGUCAAGCAUCUCGCCUGGCGAGGCUGGCUUGAGGCCUGCCAGGGUGAAGCAACACUGGAAACGACUGGAGGAAGUGAAGGCCCUUAAGGAGGACCUUCUCAAGCAGGCUGAGAAGCUGCAGCAAAAGCCCCCUGGCGAGGCCAGGGAAGAGCCGCUGUCACGAUCCCUGUCAAAUCGGAAAAUCCCGCCCGAAAUACGGAAGGUCAAGGUCGCACAGGUACAGAGCCUAUUGGAGAGGGAGACAGCGCUGGUUGAAGCUGUGAAGAACCGCCUCGAGAGGCUGUCCGUGGGUUAG